AUGGUGGGCCGGCCGUCUCGCAAACAGCGCGAUUCCGCAUGUAAACGCGAGGCGCAGCAGCGGCGUGCGGCGGCAGACGGCCCCGUUUUGGACGUCGGCCAGCCCUGCUGCUAUGCCGGAGGCAUCUCGAGCCUGGUGGGCUGCGUCACUGAGGUGGGCGACCUGCCCGAGCUGCCGGCCCACGACGAGGAGCGGCUGCAGCGAGCCGCCCUGCUGCUGCAGCAGCGCCUCAUCCUGCGACAGUGGCUGCUGCGCCACCAGCUGCAGCACCACUACCAGAGGUUGCUGGGUGUGGACGUGGCAUCGCUGGACGAUGUGUACUGGCUGGAGGACUCACGGGCACGCAGCCUGCUGGGCAAGGACUUCGUGGCGUGGGCGGCGGCGCGCCAGGCGCUGCCCACCUCCAAGGAAGACCUGGCGCGCCUCAAGGCAGACCUCUGGAGUGCUGUUGUCAAGUCCACGCAGCACGAGGAUGCCUGGACCUGGGGCGGAAUGUUGGUAGUUUCAGUCUCGGUGGCAGGGCUUGUAACAUUGGCAGCGAUGACACAGCCUGCCCUGGCACCAGAGGCAAAACACACACUAUUGCAGUAUGUAACAGGGAAGUAUUUGCUACCUGGAAACUGCAAAGUUAACUUCGAAUGGGAGGAUCCUCAGAGAGUUGGGGAGACUAUGACAUUUACUGUAAAGUUCUACCAACGUAAUGGCCAGCCUUAUCCAAUAUGUGACACAGACAACCUCUUUGUGGAAGUUACCGAGGGUUCUCACCGAGUAGCAACUGUAUCGCAACUGGGAGGAACUGACCCAAGUGCUGCUAACACGGCUGUUGUCAAAUUUACUGUGCGACAUGCCGGCCAGUACCGAAUAGCGGUGCUAAUUGGCAGCUGCCAUGUCCAGGGUAGUCCCUUUCUCAAGAAUUUCCUGCCAGGUCCGCCCGACCCGCACAAGACAGUGUUUGUGCGACAUUCUUCAACAGUUGUUUGUACAGCGGGCAUGCCUCACUCUCUUAUGAUAGAGCCACGUGAUGAGUUUGAUAACCUAUGUGUGUUCGACGCCAGCAGUUUGGGUACAGAUGCACCAACAGAAGGUUAUGCAAUCGCAAUAACACAGUUGAGCCUGGCUCUGCUGAGACAGGUUGGAUCAUCUGUGUCUGGUUCAUGUCCUUCACCUCCUUACACAGCAGAGUUUGACUAUGACUGGCUGAGCCAUCGUGUCACUCUGCAAGUUCGUUUUCCGUCUGAGGGUUGCUUUCAUGCAUCCGUUUCCUACCGUGGCACUGAACUACGUAAUGGGGACUUCGACAUUAUUGUUUUAAGUGUAAGUGAUGCCGCUCUUGUGAACAAGAAUGUUGCGUCAAAAAAUCACAACAUCUGUUAUGAGGCUCGUCUUGUGAGUUUACAUGGAGAACGCCUAUCGAAGCCAAAGAAAGUUUUUUGCUAUGUUUCUCCAAAGCAACUCACAGUUAAAGAACUGUUGCUUAAGUUCAUUCCAAAGAGGAUCAUCACAUUUCGUCUGUGUCCAUCCACUAAGUUCACCUUUCUAGGAAACAACAAUCAGUAUGGUCAACCUUCAUUCAUUGUGGAUGAUGGAUGUCAGCCAAAAGUUGAACUUGCAGCCAAGGACCGGAAUGUCAUAGCUGCAACAUUUACUCAUUUCCUGCUGAAGAAUAUUGGUGGAUCAGAGACUUUCAAAGAUAAACAGGACUUUUUCUACCACGAAGUUCGGAAGUACCACCAGAAACAUUAUCACGAAAAACUGCCCAUGAAAAUCUGCCGUGAAAAGCUUCUGGAGUCAUCAAUGAAAGCAACAAAGAACUUCUCUGUGAGUGACUGGUGUCGAAACUUUGAGAUAACCUUUCAAGGAGAACAAGGUCUGGAUUGGGGUGGUGUACGACGAGAGUGGUUUGAACUUGUGUGUGCAGCAUUGUUUGAUGCACGCAAUGGUCUCUUCAUGAGCUUUUCAGAUGGUCAGCAAGCACUUGUACAUCCUAAUGUUCAGAGGCCUCCUCACCUCAAGUUGAAGCACUUUGAGUUUGCUGGUCGAAUAGUCGGCAAGUGCCUUUACGAAUCAUCACUUGGAGGUUCCUACAGACAGUUAGUACGGGCACGGUUCACGAGGUCAUUUUUGGCACAACUCAUUGGUCUUCGUGUUCACUACAAGUACUUUGAACAAGAUGAUCCGGACCUCUAUCUUAGUAAAGUGAAGUACAUUCUGGACAAUGACGUUGAAGAAAUGGAACUUUAUUUUGUUGAAGAGGAGUAUGACCGCACAGGCCAGCUAACAAAGGUGGUGGAACUGAUUCCUGGAGGAAGCAAGAUACAUGUAAGGAAUGACACAAAACAUCAGUACUUGGACAGCCUAGCACAGUACCGUCUUGCAACCAGUGUCCGGGAUGAGGUUGAUCAUUUCCUGAAGGGCCUUAAUGAACUCAUACCUGACAACUUGCUCAGCAUAUUUGAUGAAAAUGAACUGGAGCUGCUGCUAUGUGGAACUGGGGAAUACAGCAUUGCUGACUUUCGUGCAAAUCAUGUUGUAUCUGGUGGAUCUCCUGAGUUUCGAAGAGUGCUUGACUGGUUCUGGACAGCAGUCAGCAAUUUUACACAAGAAGAGCUAGCAAGGUUACUCCAAUUUGCAACAGGCUGUUCACAGUUACCACCUGGGGGCUUUGCUGAACUCAGUCCUCGAUUCCAGAUAACGGCUGCACCCACUUUUGGAAGCUUGCCAACAGCUCACACAUGUUUCAACCAGCUGUGCCUCCCCGAUUACGAAAGCUAUGAGCAAUUUGAAAAGGCUCUGUUACUAGCCAUCAGUGAGGGUACAGAGGGUUUUGGAAUGAUAUGAUGUCAUCAGAACGUCAAAUGACAUUUACAAUAAGUAUAUAGUUUGAUGCACUGAAAAACUGCAUUUGACACAUCGAUCACCACCACUUCACAUUACAAAAUGGCUCCAGCGAAACACUAGGGUGUGUAUUAUGUGUGUUGAAUAAAUGUAAUAGGCUCCACAGAGAUAGUAAAGCUGCUCUGUGUCUUUAAUCUCUAUGAAGCCUUUCACGUCAUUUGCCUGGCCUGCUAUCUUGUAGCACAAGUGAGCUAUUGGUAUGCUCAGGAAAUGUUGGCUUUAGUAUGAGAAAUAACAGGAUACAUAAUGUGCGCUGUACAGUAAAUUAAGCAGAGCAUUGGCAGGGUUAUAUGAAGGCCUAAAUAUUUAUCUUGAGGCCUGUCAUACUCCAAUUUUGGAUGGUAUGUUUUGCUCAACUAGUGUGUAAAAAAAAGAACAAAUACAACCUCUUACAGGAUACAUCUACUCCUGCACACUUUCAUGGCUCACAACAUGCCUUGGUUUGUGCAGUCAGUCAUAUUGCUUUGUCAGAUAAUUUCUGUAGAUCUUUAAUACUUGUGCAUUUGCAGUAGCAUUACUUACAUUUGUGUUUAUUUAAUUUGUCUGAUAAGUUCCUAUGUCGUUUGCUACUUUUUUGAUAUUGUAAUUUUCAUAAUCUCGUGUUUUUAGUACUGUGAUUGAAACUUUUAAUUUAAAUCUGCAACCUUGUUGUGAUAAAGAACAAGAGGUGGAAGUUGUAUGAAGAAAUCCAUCUCUA